AUGCGGCAGCACGUUGACGCAGGCCAGGGUGCCAAAGCCUUCGCCCCUGCGGUGAAACCAAGAGGCGGUGGCAUCUCGGCACUCUCAGCGGCCGCGGCCUCGGCGGCGUCGGCGGCAAAGGAGGCUGCCAAAGCCCCCGCGCCAGCUUCCUCGAAGCCAGCGGCGAAAGGCAAGUACGGCUUGCCGGUAUGGAUCAAGGACGAUGCAGUGGUGCUGUAUCGAUCAUCCUCCGGCAGAGAGAUGAAGGUGAUGGUGAAGCAAGUUACCCCCGACAAGGUGAAGAUUCUCUUCACGGACGGAAAGACUUGGAAGGGCCUUUCCCACGCGCAGGUGCUGGCCAAGGAUGGCCCACUUCGACCUGUUGCAAAGGAGAAGCGAGAUCGCUCGCGCUCGCCAGUUCCCGUCGUGGUUGCAGAUGGAGAGGUGGAGAUCCUGGACGACUGA